UCCACAGUGAAUUUUUCUGAUUUCAUCAUUUGACUAAAUUGUAUUUAUACAAUGCCUGCUGUUUAUAAAACUCGCUAAACGAUAAGUUAAACGAAAAAAACAAGACAAAUUCAUCGAGUCGGCAUUGAAUGCCACAUAUACGAUUGACAUCGCACUCAAACAAAUUCACCCGUGCUCAAAACAUUCAACACAUUCAAACACGAACAAUGAAUAUGAAUAAGACGAAGAAAGCAAAAUGUAGCUUAUUGGUGUCUUAUUCGAAUGCGUUAUUUUUAUGAAUUGUGUUUUGUUGUUUCUCCCAUUUGAAAUCGUGUUAUGCUGAAACGGUAGAUUUCCGAACUGUCAAAUAUCGUGCGUUGAUUGUAACAUGUUAAACCGAACCGGCUGAAUUGUUUCUCGGAAUGGCAUCGUAAACGGAGCGAAGUAACAAUAACAAACAAACCGAAACCUGAGUUCUAUUGCAAAUGCAAAAUCGAAUAAUUCGUAUCGAUGGUUUUGAAAGCGACAGAGAAAGAUAGAAUCUUUGGCGAAACAAAAAAAAAAACAACAACCAACAUUUGAUUUCAUCAUUUUGCGACAUUAGUUUGGUUUUGAUUCUGAAUGCGUGUGAUUGUCAGCAUAAAAUUCGAAAGAGUCGCAUAGAGUUUGUUGAAUAUGGUGUUUUUGGGAAAAGUACCCGAUUAUUCGGACAUGAGUUCGAUGUCAUCGAUGGUGUCCAGUUCCGAUGACGACGAGUACACAGAAUGUGAAAUUGAAUUAAUGUACAGCCCAUUGCAAUUGCCGUGGAAUGAAAAUUACUGGAAUAUCUGCGUCACUCACGUUGUUGCGCCAAAUGAAGUGUGGGCCACUUUGACAGCAAAUGCGAAUAUGUUGAGCCGAGUGGAGCGAUUUACAUCGGCGUCAACGUUGAAAAUGGCAAAAGUCAUCGUCAUCGAUGAAAUCUAUUUGGUGAAAAAUGAUGAUGGCAUUCAUCGUGUGCGAGCGGUUAAAAAUUUUUGGAUAUCGAAUCGUUGUUUCUGUGACUGCUUCUACAUUGACAUCGGUAAAUUUGAGGCGAUUGAAUGCAAUCAAUUGUACUACUGUACGGGUGAAUAUCGAAAUGUUGCACCGCAAGCAAUUUGUUUCAAACUAUUUGGUUUCGAUGAAUUGUACAAUUGUCCGCACAUCGAACGCUGUUUCCGUGCUUGGCUUCUGCAUAAACAAUUCGUUGGAUGUUUGAUGAUGGCCGAACCACAGUAUCAAGUACAAUUGAAUCAUGGCAUUAAAAUGCCAAAAAUUUCCAUCACAUUGUUUCAAUUCUACCCGAAGUUUACACUAUUCAAACCGAUUCUACUGAAGCAAAUCGGUGCAUCGUUGCCUCGACCGUCUUUUUCGACACAUGAAAUUACCAGCGCCAAGGUAUCACAUGUAUCCCGGACCGGUAUUGUUUACUUCAAUUUGGAUGAACGAAACAUCGACUACGUCAAUACGCUGAUUGAACAGUUUGUCAAUGAAAAUCGACAUCUCAUGCAUCGCAUACACCGUCUGCGACAAUCGGAAAUGGCCAAUUGUGUUGUAUUAAUUUAUGACAUCGAACGAAACAUGUAUCAUCGCGCUAAGAUUAUGGAUGCCAUUGAAAAGCGUAACACAUCGAUCAAAUACAAGUGCCAUUGCAUCGAUACGGGCGACAUCAAAUUGGUGACAGCAGCAAACAUUUUUGUGCUUAACGACACAUCUAUUUUGAACUAUUAUCCAGCACAAAGUAUUGGAGCCCGUUUACAUUCGUUGCCCACAUUCGAGGACAACGUUCACAAACGACUCAGCGACAUUCUGACCCACAAUGAUGUUAAGAUACAGGUUAAAUCCAACGAUCAAUCAAACACAUUGCCAACCGUUACCAUCUACAAGGAUUCGAUAAACAUCAACAAAUUCAUUCACAUGGAACUCGAACUUUACCGAGAUGCAAUGAAUGCAGCAUACCCCGAUUCAAUCUUUUGAAACCAACCAUCUGUGACAAUGACCAAUUCUCAGCAUAGCUGAUGACUUUUUUUUUAUUUUUGAUUUCCAAAUCUAUGGAAAUUAAUGUUUUUUUUAGUUUUAAAUGCAAGUAUUUCAGUAAAGAUUUGCACGAUCGCAUUUUGAUAAUGCCUUUUUAGAAUUAAGUCACAUAAUGAGUGUUAUGCAUGCACAUUCAGUUUUCUUUGAAACAAGCAUUACUCAUCGAAUUUUGAUGCCGUCAAGAUAUGAUUAAAUCAAUUUUAAAAAAAUCGAUUCGUAAAUGCAUAAAAAGUGCGGGAAACAUAAGUUAAGACAUUAAUGACACAUUAGGUCACAUUUUAUAAAGAUUUUCUGAUUCGCAUAAUACGUAUAAAUGGACAUACGUUAAAUUUUAGUUAUUGUAAGCGGACUAUUGAAAUUGUUUCAAUCAGAAAUAUCUCAUCUCGCUGAGCGGCUACUUGUAUGAGAAUGAAAGAGAAAUAAAUAAAUGAUGCAAAAUCAAAA